AUGGGCGGCGACCUCCCCCCGCGCGGGAGCUUCGCGACGCUCACCGACGCGGACGUCGCGCGCUUCCGAUCCAUCCUCGAGUCGACGCCCGGCGACGUCGCGCGCGCGGUGCUCACGGACGAAAAGUCCCUCGCGGACGCCAACGAGGACUGGACGCGCGCGUACAGAGGUCGCUCGCGCGUGCUGCUUCUGCCGCGGACGACUUCGCAGGUCGCCGCGAUCGUGCGCCACUGCAACGACCGGAACCUCGCGGUCGUGCCGCAGGGCGGGAACACCGGCCUCGUCGGCGGCGGCGUGCCUGUCCACGACGAGGUCGUGCUCGGCAUGAAGCGCAUGCGGUCGGUCGUGUCGAUCGAUCCAUCCGCGGGCGUCGUCGUCGCCGAGGCGGGCGUCGUCCUCGACGACCUCGAGACCGCGCUGAACCGCGAGGGGAUGACCGUCCCGCUGGACCUGGGCGCGAAGGGGAAGUGCCAGAUCGGCGGGAACGUCUCCACGAACGCGGGCGGACUCAGGCUGUUGCGUCACGGAUCGCUGCACGGGAGCGUUUUGGGCGUCGAGGUCGUGCUCGCGAGCGGCGAAGUCUUGAACCUUCUCAAGACGCUGCGGAAGGAUAACACCGGGUACGACCUGAAGCAGCUGUUCAUCGGCGCGGAGGGGACGUUGGGGGUGGUCACGAAAGUCGCGCUGUUGGCGCCGAGGAAGCCGAGGAGGGUGGACGUGACGUUCGCGGCGGCGCCGUCGUUCUCGGCCGCGGUGGAGACGCUCGUCGCCGCCAAGACGGAGCUCUCGGAGUCGCUUCAGGCGUUCGAAUUUCUGGACCGCGCGAGUCUCGAGCUCGUGUGCGCGCAGAUGAAAGGCGCGAGGGACCCGCUGCCGGGGAGCGAGGCGCCGUUCUACGUCGUCAUGGAGACGAGCGGGAGCGCGGAGCGCGCGGCGGAGGAGCGAGCGCGGUUGGACCGGUUUUUAGCCGACGCGAAGACGCGGGGGCGCGUCGUCGACGGCGUCGUCGGCGCGGACGCGAAGCACGCGGCGGCGCUGUGGAACCUCCGCGAGCGGAUAUCCCUCGCGCUGAAGCACGCGGGCGCGGUGUACAAGUACGACCUGAGCCUCCCGACGGCGCGGAUGUACGAGCUCGUCGAGGUCAUGCGCGAGCGCGUCGCGAGCGCGGCGGCGGCGGCGGCGGCGGGCGCCGCCGGCGCGUUCGACUUCUCGCGCGUCUCCGUGCUCGGGUACGGCCACCUCGGCGACGGGAACUUACACCUGAACAUAAGCUCUCCGGACGGGUACGACGCGCGCCUCGAGCGAAUCAUCGAGCCGCACGUGUACGAGUGGACGGCGAGCGUCGACGGGAGCGUCAGCGCGGAGCACGGCGUCGGCGCGAUGAAACCGAACGAGGUGUCGCGCUCGAAACCGGCGGCGGCGAUCGAGCUGAUGCGAGCCAUCAAGGACGUGUUCGAUCCGAAAGGGAUUUUGAACCCGUACAAGGUGUUGCCGCCGCGCGCGAGGUUGUGACCUCCUUCUUCGUCUUCUUUAGCUAGGGUAGACUAGGUAGGACUCUUCUUACAAACCGUCUGUAGACGCC